UUAUUUUACUCUCUUUUACAGCCAAAAGAAAAAAGAAAAAAGAAAAAAGAAGAAAUAUAUUGAAACCCGCAAGUAACUUUCCUUGUUGUGAUCAUCCUCUCUAACAAAGCAAAACACUGUUAAUCAAAUCUCCUCUUUGGAUCAACUCUUAUCUUUCCAAAUCAGGAAUACCCAUAAAAAAUAAAAGUUUUUAGAUUUUUUAUUCUUUCUUGGUUCUUUCAAUUCAGUUUGCUUGUUUCUCUGAACAGAAACCUUUUGUUUUUUGUUUUUUCUUUUUUUGUUCUGUUUUUUUUUUUUUUUUUGCGGGAAAACAAAGAGUUCUGCUUCUUUUUUUUUUUUUUUUUUUCUUUUUCCUUUCUUUUGGCUGUUUUUUGGAGUUUUAGAUUUGAUUAUGAGCAACAGGAGGAGACAUAAAGGUGAAAUUCAUAAUCAAGAAGUUCAAGGGACAAGAUCACAGCAUAGAAAGCCUCCUUUUCAUGGUAAUUGGCAACCAACUGUACCAUCAUGGGAGAAAAGAUUCUGCUAUGCAGUUGGUUUGGUUCCAUGGCGCAAGCUAUUGGAAACCAAAAAGUCUAUGUACCUCUAUGAGAAUGUGGUUCAAUGGAAUGAUUCUGCCGGCGAGGAGGCAUUUCAUAAUGCUAAAAACCGGUUUUGGGCAGAGAUUAAUGGACUUCACUGUGACAUUUCAUUGCCUGAUCCUGAUAUCUAUAUUGAUGAAAUUGACUGGAGUUCAAACAUCGACCCUGAAUUGUACUUAGAUUUGGAACGGGAGCCCAAAUAUCCUGCUGAGAAAGAUAAAGGGGAGGAGGUUGUGAUUUUUGGUAGUUCACUUCUGAAUCAGUCGUUUUCAUGCACUGGAUGGGGGGAAGCCGAAGAGGAGUUACAAAAGGCAGGCACAAGAGCUUUGGAUUCUGGGUAUAGAGACUGCGGUCAGAAAGGCAAUAAUGAGAAUCCCCAGGCUAGCAAUCCUUAUCAGGAAGAUGGAGCCAUGAUAAACAAUGAAUGGGGAAAUCGUUGGAAUGAUCCAUAUGAAUGGAAGAAUAGUUAUAAUGAGAGGGGUGGUGAUAAUAAUGAGUGGAAUGAAGUUGGUGAUAGAACUGGUGGAGACUGGGGAACAUGGGAUGAGAAUAGCAGGAAGAGAGAGGGCGCUGGCUGGAAUAUGUCAAGGUAUAAAACUUCCAGAUUUCAUAAUGACGAGCACCAGAUGGAUCGUGGUGGAUGGUGGAGAAAUGGAAGAGGGAGAAAGAGGACGAAUUUUGUAUAUUAAUGGUCAUUUCUGGAUUUGAAUGUGAUUUUGAGGUGGGGCAACACCAUGAAUUCUCGAUGGGGAAAGUAGGUUGUUCAUUCCAUGGAUCUGGAUGACGGAAGUUUUGCACGAGUGAAGUAUAUAAUACUAGUAGGCAGUUCAUUUCCUAUUAUUUUAUUUGUUGUUCGUGCGGGAACGUAUAUAUAGUACAUAAAAGUAGGAUGAUUCUAACUAGGCAAAGUCAUUGGCAAGUUCGAUUUGUCAUGCAUUUUUGUAGCUGGCUUGAGAAAGCUGAAAGCAUGGGGACUUAGUAGGAGGAGGGAGUGUCUUGUUAGUCGAUAAUCUUAAAUACACGUUUUGAAAUAUGUUCUUUCUGUAGGCUCAUAUGUAGCAAGGAUUCCAAUGUUGCAAAUUGGUUUCUUGCUGCAUUAGUUGUGUGAAAUUCCAUGGAGGGGUUUACUAUUCCUGCUACCUUGAGCUGUUUUAGCAUUGUCAAAUUUGCAGCAAUUCCUGACAAUGCCCUGAAAAUGUAUUACUCCAAUAUUGUUUUGGGGAAGGUAUAAAAUUAUAUUGUUUGCUGUGAAA